AUGGCGUCCCAGCUUGACAGGAUCCUCGAGGGUCCGCCUCGAGCUAAUGCUGAUGUCCCGCGGAUGGGAGCGCCAAAGGAGGGACCAGGCGGGUCUCUUGAGAGGCAGCAGAGGGAGUCGUCCCCCCGCCACUCCCGUGCCGACGUCCCUCCCGCACCGGCUCAAAGCCGAUCCGUCCCGCACCCCCAACCUCCCCCUGCACCAAAGGCGGGUGACCGGGCCAAGCCCCAGGCGUCGGGGCCGUUGACCCGUGGCCAUGCUGCGGCCUCCGGCAAGGGGGAAACAAGCCGCAGGAGCGCUAGCCCUGGCGCUCGCCAAGGGGGAGACGCCGAGCCACGGCCGGCGCUCGCUCAUGAGGGGUCUGGAGCCCCGACGCGGGGUGGUUCGAGGCCUACCGGUCGAGGCCUACCGCUCGUGAGGGGUCUGGAGCCCAGACUUCUCUCGUCGCGAAGCGGACGCCCUAGCCUGCCGGGCUUCGCUCCGUCGAGGAGCAGAGGAGGAAGGAGGAAGAGGAGGGUGAACGGGGGACGCGGCAGCAGCUGCAAGAGGAACAGCGGCUACAACAGAAAGAGAAGGAGGAAGGGCAUCCGAUGGCCAGUCCCCAGCUCGAGGGACCACCGGAGGAAGACCACCAACAGGAGCCGCGGGAGCUCCAGGAGCAGCAGCAGCAGUGGGGCCAGCAGCUGGCGGAACUGCUCGAUCCUCCCCAUCCAGAGCCAGAAGUGCUACAAGAGCCUGGCAACCAGGAGGGGGUGGAUCAGGUCGACGGGCGUGAUUUGGGGCAGCAGCACCUCUAGGGACGUCGUCAUCUCCCCCAACGUCUCCGCGCGCCUCUACCUCCCGCGCCUCGGCGAUGGCGACGGCGACGCCAAGCUCCCCAUCCUCGUCUACUACCAGGGCGGCGGCUUCUGCAUCGGCUCCACCUUCAACCCCAUCUUCCACGCCUUCACCAGCCUCGCCACCGCCCUCGUCGUCUCCGUCGAGUACCGCCUCGCCCCCGAGCACCCCGUCCCCGCCGCCUACGCUGACUCCUGGGACGCCCUCGCCUGGGUCGUCUCCCACUCCCACCUCACUUCCUCCUCCACCGCCCGCGACCCGUGGAUCGCGGGCCACGCCGACUUCUCCCGCCUAUACCUGGGCGAGGAGAGCGCGGGCGCCAACAUCGCGCACCACAUGGCGAUGCGCGCCGCCGCCACCGUGGAGGGGGGGCUGGCGCACGGCCGCGCCCGGAUCCGGGGCCUCGUCAUGGUCCACCCUUACUUCCUGGGCACGGACCCGGUGCCCUCCGACGACCUCAGCGCGGAGACGCGCGAGAGCCUGGCGUCCCUGUGGCGCGUCAUGUGCCCGUCGUCCACCGCAGGGGACGACGACCCGCUCAUCAACCCCCUGGUGGACGGCGCCCUGGCCCUGGUGUCCCUGGCGUGCGCCCGCAUGCUCGUGUGCGUCGCCGAAGGCGACGUGCUCUGCGACCGGGGCCGCGCGUACUAUGACCGGCUCAGGGCAAGCGGGUGGCCCGGCGAGGCAGAGUUUUGGCAGGCGCCUGACAGGGGACACACGUUCCAUUUCAUGGACCCGUGCUUGGAGAUGCUCUAA